AUGAAUAACCAGUGCGCUUAUGUCUGCUUCAUGAACAGCGCCUUUCGACGAACGAGCGCGUCGAACUCGACGGGCUUUGCUUUGAUGCUCGCGGGACGUCUCCGGUGUUGGAGUGCGCACCGACCUCGCACGCUUCACCAGGUUGCACUGCGGACGAGUCGGUUAUGCGGAGCGGGUAGAGCUCCAGCGUACGGCGAGUCUGUUCGAAACCGACUGCGAACGCUGCGUUGUCGGAGUCACGCAAACUUGGCAGUACCGUCGUUGCGAGCGUAUCGGAACACGUUAUUCGUACCGGCGCUAGUUGCCGAGGACGGCUGUCUCGCAAGCGUCGAGGAGCAACUAGGCAGCUGCUUGUCGCAGCUAGACGAAUGGUUACGCACUUAUCAGGACUAUGAAGUGGCCACCCUUCGGAUCAACGUCGCCCCGAACCACGACACGCAGCUGCUCCAGCGCCUUGAGCGUGCCUGGGCAGAAAAGCAGCUCCAAUCGCCAGCGGUAACGUGGCUCGAAGCGCGGCCUCUAGUUCCCGCUCGAGACGUGCUUAUAGAGGCCGUGCUGGGGCUGCGGGAGCCGGCUGCAGAGCACUCGCUCCAGACUGUGGCAACCGAGCAGGCGGCCCAGGCGGUGGGCCCCUACGUCCAAGCUGUGCGGUUCCCGCGUGCCGCUACGCUCUAUGUGAGUGGCUGUAUUGGACUGCGUCCACCGCCGGCAAACGAUCUCGCGGGUCCCGAUGUCGAAAGCCAGACCAAACAGGCGCUAGCCAAUAUGAAAGCAAUCCUCCGGGCAGGAGGCAGUGAUGUUGUCAACAUUCUGAAAGUGAUGAUCCUGCUAGAGGAUUUGAGCGACUUUGCCGUUGUGAAUCGGCUGUACGAGGACUGGCUGCGGCAAGGUGGAUGCCAUGGUAGUCGUCUUCCAGCCCGAAGCACAUUUGCGGUGAAGGCGCUGCCCAAGGGCGCAAAAGUUGAAAUUGAGUGCAUCGCAGCGAUCCAGUCGAUGGGAUCAGAGAUCUCUCCAUCGAGCUGCUGA